AUGAAUCACUACCUAAGAGGCCUCAACCAUAUAAUCAAGCGCGACGUUCGACUAACCUCUGCCUCUACUUUCCACGGAGUAGUGGACAAAGCCUUAGAAGCCAAACAAGACGAGAUGGAUAUCCGACAAUGGAGACCUCCUCACGACGCCUCUUCUCGACCAUGGAAGAAACCGAACCUCAACAACGCCAAAGGAAAGCAACCGAUCAACCGAGCAACCGUGACCCCGAGCAACAAGCCCUUUUUCCCUAAAUGCAAGCGAGAACACUCUGGCGAUUGUGUUGCCGGAACCGACCACUGUUUUCGAUGCAAGAAGCCCGGACAUAUGGUCCGAGACUGCCCUAUCGCCCCGAGACAAGUGCCGGGACGAGUAUUCGCCAUGACAAGAGACCAAGCCGAAGUUGACCCGUCAAUGAUCGCAGGUACCGUUAAUGUGUAUAAUAAUUCCGUGUAUGCCCUCAUCGACUCCGGAUCAACGCACUCAUUCAUUUCAUGUACCCUCGUUGCCGAAAUCCGCCUAGUCCGUAGUCAAGCCGAUGCCUUGUUUAGCAUACUUAUUCCUUCCGGUGAUGAACUUAAGUCCAAUUUCAUCAUCAAAUAUUGCCCUAUUCAGAUUCAUAACCAAACCCUAGCCUCCGAUCUGAUCAUUCUACCCAUUAAACAUUUCGAAAUAAUCCUCGGAAUGGAUUGUGUGACACCCAUUUUCUAG